CGCUCCUGUUGCACAUAGAGGAUCUUUGGCGCUGUCUGCGGCCACAGCUUCCAGCAGCAGCGGAUCCCGCAGACAGGCUGUGCGUGAUGGGGAUUACUGACAUUUUACAGCAGAGGACGGAGGAAAAACUGCAACCACAGAAGGAUCUGACAGCGUCGUCCAACGUGAUGUUAAGGGUGGAUCCCAAACGCCUCACCGCGUCCAGGAGGAAGAUAGACAUCUGACAUGAGAUUCAUCCUCUGCUCAUCACUUCCUCUGACAGACGGGCUGCAGGGAACCUGGCUGAGUCCCACAGGUGAACCCACCGGCCAGGAGCAGGCGAACCGCUCCUCUUCCAUGUUUGUCAGGAGAUGAUCUUCAGUGGGUGUUACACUGCCAGUUUGUGGAGCUCCGUGUUGGGUUGAAAUCUCAACGUUUGGUUCCAGCCUGUUCAGAUGGAGGAGAAGGUCUGAACUUAAUUCCUGCUCAGAAAACUCUCCAAACUGUUUUAUUUAAAAAAUUCCCACAGAGAUUCUGACCCCAGGAUUUUAUUAUGAGGCACUGCAGGGAAAUGGGCCGUUAGUCGUAUUGUUUGGGAGUUCAUCCGCGGUGGUGCAGACUGCCUUCCUGCUGCAGCACUUGGAGCCUGGGAGGACAAAAUAUCACUUGUGCUGAACAAUCUGCAGUCACUCAACAAUGAUCAUGUACAGUAUCUUUGACUCGGAGGGUCAAAUAAACUCUCUGUCAGCGAUCAUCUCCACGCCUGCUUCUUGGAAACCAACGUUAUGGUUUCCUGCAUGGAGUGCAGAGAGAGGAUACAAGUGACUCACUGACAAACACAGAGACAAGGACACUGUCCUGACUGUCAGGGGACAAGAAGACAAUCUCUGAUUCCUAGAAACUUGUUCUGUUUUCAACCAUUAUGAGUCCCAACAGGAACACCUGACUGAACCGGGGGAUGGUCGAAGACUCGAUAAACCUCUCCACUUGGAGCCCACAAGGACGAGGUCCAUCUUGAUUUUCAAAUCAGAUCUUGAAGAAGAAGAAGAAGUCCUCUCCCCCCCACUUACCUCUGGUGGGGGGGAGGGUGAAAGGUAGUUUAGUUUUUAGGGGUUGGGGCCAUAAGGUGUAGUUUUGUAGUUAGGUUUUAGGUUGUAGACCAGACAGCGGAGCACACUGGCAGCUCUACUCUUGGUCUAGAGAGUAGUAAUUAAUUUCAAGGUAUUGUAUUGUGUUGUGUUGAAGCCUCCUUUGUGUUUAAUCAGUUUUAACUCUUGGGCUACUGACUCAUUUCUCUGUCACACCCUACUGGUCCCUUUGGUAUCUAGCACUCAGUGAGUGAAGAAGCUGUGACUCGAGCAGCAUCUCAUCCUGUGCAGAGGUUGAGGAUUUAGCCUCAGAGCUAGCUGCCAGUGCACUACUGGCAUCUAACUGACAGGACCAGCCAGCAUUUAGUUUCAAAUUUGCAUUAGUGAACUUGGCAUUUCCCCAAGGUUCCUAUUAACUUGUGUGCUAACUCUCAGACCAGCUAGUCAUGGAUGCUAACCAAGGCCCAGGCCAGGGCAGCCCAGAGAGCCCCAACCGGGCCGUGGAGUACCUUCUCGAACUCAACAACAUCAUCGAGAGCCAGCAGAAGCUUCUAGAAACACAACGGCGCCGAAUUGAGGAGCUGGAGGUCCAACUGGACCGGCUCAGCCAGGAGAACAAGGACCUGCGUUUGGACCGGCAACCUGUCGCUCCUCCUCCACCUGCUCCUCCUCAGGAGCCUCAUCUCCCUUCUCCGCCUCCGCCGCCGCCACCUACUCAGAACAUAUCAACAUCCAUUUCUUCCAAGAACCACCACAACAGCCAACACCAGUCUCCUCCCCAGCCUCCUUCCUCCAUUCCCCUCCACCACAGCCACCACCACCAGCACCAACAGCAGCACCACCACUCCUACAACAGCACCAACAGCUCCAGUGCAACCUCCAUCCCGGCUCCUGCUCCAGCUUCAGCCCCGACCUCCAUCUCAAUCCCAACCCAGAUCCCGGCCCCGAUUUCUUCUUCAGCUCCACCUCCCCCUCCUCCGAUCCCACCCAGAGAUCAGCCGCGUGCCCACAGCCGACUGACCCGGGUGCCCUCCACCAGCACCGGCACCAACACCAACUUUGUAGAGAAAGAGAAAGAGAGGCUUGAGCGCCUGCACAAAGCCAACGCAUCCAACAACCACCAUGCCCACACCCUCCACCACCACAAAUCCGUGGAGGGCGACUCCCAGUGCCCGGAGGCGCUCACUUUUUCUGAUUCGUCCUUCGGCCAUCAGCCUCCCUUCCAUCUCUAUAGCAACAGCCCCCUCACCAGCCCCUGUGAUCCCUACAGCUCCACCUCCACCAGCGGGCCCCUGGGGGCCUCACAUACACACGCACAGGGAAGCUCUCCCAUCUCUCCCGCCAGCCCGGCGAGCCUUACCUGGGCUCAGCGCAGCCGACACCAGCCGGCCAGCCUGGCGCUCCGCAAGCAAGAGGAGGAGGAGAGCAAACGCUGCAAGGCUCUAUCUGACAGCUAUGAGCUCUCUACAGACCUCCAGGACAAGAAGGUGGAGAUGCUGGAGAGGAAGUAUGGAGGCCCGUUUGUGUCCCGACGGGCUGCAAGGACGAUCCAGACGGCGUUCAGGCAGUACCGCAUGAACAAAAACUUUGAGAGGCUUCGCAGCUCUGCCUCCGAGAGCAGGAUGACCCGGCGCAUCAUCCUGUCCAACAUGAGGAUGCAGUACUCGUUUGAUGAGCGUCAGCCACAGGGUCAGGGGUCAGCAGGUCAGCAGGGCUCUGAGGACACAGGAGACAUGGACGACUCCUUCUCUAAGCAGGUAAAGUCCCUGGCCGAAUCCAUGGAUGACUCCCUCACCUGCCAGACUGGCCGAGAAGACUCACAGGAAGCAGGAGGAGAGGGAGAGGAGGACGACGAAGAGGAUGAGGAGGAGGGAGAUGAAGAAGAGGAAGAGGAGGAGGAAGAAGGUGAGGAGGAUGAAGAAGACGAGGAGGUAGACUACAGACAGUGUGCAUGGCGCAACACCAACACAUCCUCCCGACGCACCACAGGCCGGCCCACAGGAGUAGGAGGGAGAGGAGGUGCCGCCAUGCACAAGGACAGCACCGCCACCUCCUUCAGUGAUGUCACACUCUACAUGGACGAGGGCUGCCUCCCCUCUUCACCGCUGUCCCGCCCACCGUCCUCACCACUCUCCCGCCCCGCCUCCAGCUCCGACACAGACUACUGGGGAGGAGGGGGAGGAGGGGGAGCAGGGGGCAGAGAGGACAGCAGAGAGACAGAGGGAGGCAGCAACGCCAGCCGGAGGAGCAGCACCCCCUGUACAGAGUGUCGGGGGGAGUACAGAGGGAGGGCAGGAGGAGGAGGAGGAGGACACCUGCCUGUCCUGACCAUCGAACCACCCAGUGACAGCUCAGUGGACAUGAGUGACAGGUCAGAGCGAGGCUCCAUCGGACGCCUGGUGUACGAACAGGAGCCGUCAGGAGUCGAGCGAGGAGGAGAGAGGGAGAGGAGGGCAGGGGGGGAAGGAGAGAGCGGAGAGGAUGAGCGAGGAGGAGGAGGAGGGAGCAGUGAAGCCGACUCGCCACAGGGAACCAUCAAACACAAACCGAACGGCCGCUCGGUCUCCACGGCGCAGGGACAGACUCGCAGCCCCGCCAACGUGCCCCUGCCGAUACCUUCAGCCCGCACCCUGCCCUCACACCCGCUCCCUCACCCGCUUCAGCAACCCCACCCUCACCCAUCUCCCAUCCCUCACCUCCCCACCAUCCUCCACCACCACCCGCAGUGUGGCCAGCCACACAUCAUGCACAUGCACUACAGCCACGGCGGCAGCCCUUACAUGCAGCACGCACACUUCGCCCAGCACCACUACCACCACUUGCACCACCAACACCACCACCUCCCCCACUCCUACCCAGAACCCCCAUCUUCCCCACUGCCCUCACCUGUGCCACCGCUCACCCCUCUCUCGCCCCUGCCGCCACCACUCACACCCUCACCACUGUCCUCCUCCUCUUCCUCUGCGCUCCAAAACAUGGAGGUACAGCAGUACCAUGCCCAUCACCCCCACCUCCACCACCACCACCUGCUCUGCUCGGAUGGAGACAACGAGAGUGUCAACUCCACCACCACCAACUCCAACGACGAUACCACGGUCAACAACUGCAGCUCCGGCUCCUCGUCGCGUGACAGUCUGCGGGAGCCGAUCGGGGGGGCCGCGCUGGGGAAACAGACCUAUCAGAGAGAGAGCCGCCACAGCUGGGACUCACCUGCCUUCAACAAUGACGUGGUGCAGCGGCGGCAGUACCGCAUCGGACUCAACCUGUUCAACAAGAAGCCGGAGAAGGGGAUCCAAUACCUGAUUGAGAGGGGGUUUGUGUCUGACACGCCGGUGGGCAUCGCCAGGUUCAUUCUGGAGAGGAAAGGACUGAGCAGGCAGAUGAUCGGAGAGUUCCUGGGCAGCCGGCAGCAGUUCAACAAGGACGUCCUGGACUGUGUCCUGGAUGAAAUGGAUUUCUCAGGGAUGGAUCUUGACGAUGCUCUGAGGAAGUUCCAGGCUCAGAUCAAAGUUCAAGGUGAAGCUCAGCGGGUGGAGCGCCUGGUGGAGGCCUUCAGUCAGCGGUACUGUGUCUGUAACCCGGUGCUGAUCCGACAGUUCCAGAAUCCAGACACCAUCUUCAUCCUGGCCUUUGCCAUCAUCCUCCUCAACACAGACAUGUACAGCCCAAACGUGAAGCCAGAGAGGAAGAUGAAGCUCGAGGACUUCAUCAAGAACCUACGGGGCGUUGACAACGGUCAGGACAUCCCCAGGGACCUGCUGGUGGCAAUCUAUGGAAGGAUCCAGAAGUGGGAGCUGCGGACCAAUGAUGACCAUGUGUCCCAGGUCCAGGCGGUGGAGAGGAUGGUGGUCGGCAAGAAGCCUGUGCUGUCCCUGCCCCAUCGCAGGCUGGUGUGCUGCUGUCAGCUGUUCGAGGUUCCCGACCCGAAUCGAGCUCAGAGGAGCGGCAUCCACCAGAGAGAAGUUUUCCUGUUCAACGACCUGCUGAUGGUGACAAAGAUUUUCCAAAAGAAGAAGACUUCUGUGACCUACAGUUUCAGACAAUCGUUCCCUCUGGUGGACAUGCAGGUCCACACCUUCCAAAACGCAUACUACCCUCACGGCAUCAGACUAACGUCAGCGAACCCUGGAGGAGAGAGGAAGGUGCUGAUCGUCUUCACGGCUCCGAGCCAGCAGGACCGAGCACGCUUCACCUCCGACCUCCGAGAGAGCAUCGCAGAGGUCCAGGACAUGGAGAAGUACAGGGUGGAGUCUGAACUGGAGAAGCAGAAAGGUGUGAUGCGUCCCAGCGUGUUGACGGGGGGAGGACCCAGAGGCGGGGUGACACCCGGGGGUAUGGCCAACACCGGCGGCGGGCCUGUAAAGAGCGAGGUGAACGGCACUCUGGGUAGGCCGUGCCUUGACGACACGUACGCCUCAGUGGACGGACUCAAACGCACGGCGCUCAGCUCCUCACUGAGAGACCUCUCAGAAACAGGGUUCCAUUAUUAGCAGUCCUCGGCCUCACCAGCAGCGCCCCCUGCCUGUUGGAGGUCUUUCCUACAGCCCCAUGAUGGUACCUUCAUCUCCAGCAGCCUA